AUGACUCUGGACCCACACAUGUGGCGCCUCGGCAUGACCUCCUUUCUGCUCUCACUCUGUGAAUCUCAAACAGGGCUUAACCAACAACCACGAUACGUGCUGCUCCUAUAUUCAAAGAUGUCUGCUUGUUCUUCCACACACCGAGGACAUAUUGCUUCGGAUGAUGCGCUGCUCCGUCGCAUCAAGGUGCUCCUAUCCCAAAACAAACCACCCCUUCCAGCCAAGAAAGACUACCUCCAAUCCAUUCUCUGUGACAGCCAAUCCACACUAUCCAAACUCAACACACAGAUCUCCCUAGCACAGGAAACCCUCGCCUCGCUCAAGCGCUAG